GCUGACGGAUGAUCGAUCAGAAAGCGAGGCGAACGAAGAGCGCGGGUGAGGGAGACGACUCGAAGGCGCGUAAAGGGAACCACGAAGUGCACAUACGUAUGUGGUUCAAUAACACGCCAAAGUCAUCUCUCGUAUCAUCUCGCGCGUUCGUUCGCUACUAA